UGUCCCUCGGACACAGCUGAUCAUUGAUCAACGGAAAGAGCCGAAGAUGUCGGCUCGGUCAUGUGAUCAGCUGUGUCCAAUCACAGCUGAUCACAUGGGACAUGUACACUAAUCAUCAGGGCACUGAUGAUCAGUGUGCCGUGAUGAUCAGUGUAGCUCCAGCAAUGCCACCUGCCAGUGCCCAUCAAUGCCACCUGCCAGUGCCCAUCAGUGCCACAUCAAUGCCACACAUCAGUGCCUUCCAGUGCACAUUAAUGCCACAUAUCAGUGCCCAUCUGAGCUGCCUUUCAGUGUCACCUAUCAGUGCCAGUCAGUGCAACCUAUCAGUGCUGCCAAUCAGUGCCACCUAGCAGUGACAGUCAGUGCUGCCUAUCAGUGUCAGUCAGUGCCACCUAUCAGUGCCCGUCAGUGCUGCCUAUCAGUGCCUCCUAACAGUGCCAGUCAUUGCCACCUAACAGUGCCAGUCAGUGCCGCCUAUCAGUGCCACCUAUCAGUGCCAUAUAUGAAUGCUGCCUUUCAGUGCCCACUAGUGAUGCCUGUCAAUGCCCAUCAGUGCCACCUACCAGUGCCUUCUCAUCAGUGCCACCUAUCAGUGCCCAUCAGUGCAUGCCUAUCACUGCAGCCUCAUUAGCGCACAUCAGUGAAGGAGAAAAAUCACUUAUUUACAAAAUGUUUUUGUUUUUC